CUUUUUGACCAUCAGAUAUGCCUGAAGGCAGGUGAAGCCCUCGGUUUCUCUUAGUGGUUUUAAAGGAUUGGAAGUGUCUUCUGAAUUAUUCCAAUUGCAUUGAAAUCAUAUUGAAUUUAUUGUGAUUAAGUGCAUUCUCAUAAUUAGUUAAAAUGAGUUUCAGAUUACCCCCUUUGAAAGCAAAAACUCCACUUGCUGAGGAGUUUGGCAUGAACAGCGGUACCUAUGGAGUACCAGAUCCCAUGAUUUUGGGCAUGCCAGCAGCAGCGCAAAAACUAGGAACUUCUCAUCCACUGGAGGCCUCAGAGAAAAACUUCCACCAGAAUAAACUGAAACGUGAUUUGGUGAUGUUGAGAAAUACUCAAGGACUCCAUGCACCUCUGCGCAUUGCUAUGGAGAUCAAAGCUACAGAGAAGGUCGGAAGGCAUCCUUUCUUACCCUCUUCGGGAUUGAUGAGGGAUGUUCUGCUGGGGCGGGAUGAAGACAUUGGAUUCGAAGAUGUCUUCAACACUUCCGAAUUCAGAGAGCAAAUGGGCCAGCCGCACGCUAUUGUGGAACGAAGUCUCAACUUAUUGUAAGGUUUUCCUCGUGAUCUUAAUUCCACAAUUUUGCAACAAUUUCAAGUAACCUGAUGAAUUAUCAAUAAAAAACUGCUCGUUUACAUCUACAUCAAGACAAAAA